AGCGCCGCGCAGGAUGCGGCCCGCCGGGCGCCCCGGCCCGCUCUGAGCCCCGGCCAUGUCGGCCCAGCCCGGCCAUGCCCCCCCCUUCGGCGGCCCCCAGCCCAUGGCCGAGCACCCGCAGAUCCUGCCGGACCUGAGCCUCCUGCAGCGGCGGAUCCCGCUGACCUUCCGCGACUCGGCCGGCGCCCCCCUGCGCAAGCUCUCCGUCGACCUCAUCAAGACCUACAAGCACAUCAAUGAGGUUUACUACGCCAAGAAGAAGCGGCGGGCGCAGCAGGUGCCCCCCGAGGACUCGAGCACCAAGAAGGAGCGCAAGGUCUUCAACGAGGGCUACGACGACGACAACUACGACUACAUCGUCAAGAGCGGCGAGCGCUGGCUCGACCGCUACGAGAUCGACUCGCUCAUCGGCAAGGGCUCCUUCGGCCAGGUGGUGAAGGCCUACGACCAUCACGACCAGGAGUGGGUGGCCAUCAAGAUCAUCAAGAACAAGAAGGCCUUCCUGAACCAGGCGCAGAUCGAGCUGCGGCUCCUCGAGCUCAUGAACCAGCACGACACCGAGAUGAAGUACUACAUCGUGCACCUGAAGCGCCACUUCAUGUUCCGCAACCACCUGUGCCUGGCCUUCGAGCUGCUCUCCUACAACCUCUACGACCUGCUGCGCAACACCAACUUCCGCGGCGUCUCCCUCAACCUCACCCGCAAGUUCGCCCAGCAGCUCUGCACCGCCCUCCUCUUCCUCGCCACCCCCGAGCUCAGCAUCAUCCACUGCGACCUCAAGCCCGAGAACAUCCUCCUCUGCAACCCCAAGCGCAGCGCCAUCAAGAUCGUCGACUUCGGCAGCUCCUGCCAGCUGGGCCAGCGGAUCUACCAGUACAUCCAGAGCCGGUUCUACCGCUCGCCCGAGGUGCUGCUGGGGCUCCCCUACGACCUGGCCAUCGACAUGUGGUCGCUGGGCUGCAUCCUGGUGGAGAUGCACACGGGCGAGCCCCUCUUCAGCGGCUCCAACGAGGCCGACCAGAUGAACCGCAUCGUGGAGGUGCUGGGGCUGCCGCCCCCCCACAUGCUGGAGCAGGCGCCCAAGGCCCGCAAGUACUUCGAGAAGCUGCCGGAAGGCGGCUGGACCCUCAAGAGAAACAAGGAGACCAAGAAGGAAUACAAAGUGCCGGGCACGCGGCGACUUCACGAGGUGCUGGGGGUGGAGAGCGGGGGCCCGGGGGGCCGGCGGGCCGGCGAACAGGGCCACGCGCCUUCCGACUACCUGAAGUUCAAGGACCUGGUGCUGCGCAUGUUGGACUACGAGCCGCGGAGCCGCAUCACGCCCUUCUACGCCCUGCAGCACAACUUCUUCAAGAAGACGAGCGACGAGGGCACCAACACCAGCAACAGCACCUCCACCAGCCCCGCCAUGGAGCACAGUCACAGCACCAGCACCACCAGUUCCGUCUCCAGUUCCGGUGGCUCCAGCGGCUCCUCCAACGACAACCGCAGCUACCGCUACAGCAACCGCUACUACGGCGGCGCGGCCCCCGCGCACGCCGACUACGAGAUGCAGAGCCCCCAGGGCCCCCCAACGCAGCGGCCGUGGGCCGGGGGCGAACCGGGUCCCGCCGGCAGCGACGCCUUCGCCCCGUUGGCAGCACCCAAAGGCGCCGGGGUCCCGGCCGGCGCCCUGCACCCUUUCGCUCGCCCCCACUACCACCACCACCACCACCACCACCACCAUCACCACCACCAUCACCACCAGCAACAACAGCAGCAACAACAACAACAGCAGCAGCAGCACCAGCAACACCCGGCGGCCCCUUCCUCCUCCUCCUCCUCCUCGUCCUCCUCCGCCGCCACCGCGGCGCCCGCCGCUCCGGGGGCACCCGCCGAGCGCAUGGAGCUGGGUGCCCCCCACCCACCGCCGCCGCCGCCGCCUCCUCCGCCUCCUCCUCCUCCUCCUCCUCCUCCUCCUCCUCGGCAGCACCCGGACUGCCUGCCCUUCGCCCCGUCGGCUUUCCGGACUCGAGCGGCCGCCGGCGCCGAAGGCUCCCGGCCCUACGGGGGUCACGCGCGGGGCCGAGCCGAGCGCGAGGACUCGGCCAUGCUGGGCGUCUGCGUCGCCCAGGGCACCGCCGCCAGCUCCUGACGUCGCCGCGGUCGUCGCCGUCGUGUCGUCGCCGUCUUCACCGCCGCCGUCGCCGCUCCGGACUCGGGGACGUCGGCCGCGUACGGCAC